UUUGUCUGUUACUCUCAAUCUCACUUCUCGAGUGUCUGUUCGUCCCAGAAACGAUACCAUCUACCCAACAGGCGACGAAGGGAAAAGGGGCGUCUUGCAGGUGCACCUAGACAAUCAUUACUGCUACAUAACAGUACACAGCUGCUGCAACACAUAGUCGCCAUUCUAUUUUACCUGUUUUUGUGUGUGUGAAUAGAUCAAU